AUGACCCCUCGUUAUGCUGAUUCACCGCAAUUACAAACGACAGCAUGGGUUUUAGAUCAUAUCACAAAUUCUAUGCCUACUCGACCAUUGCCAAUUGCCMUUAAAGAGCAUUAUUCUCAUCUUGCUAUGGCUGACCCAAAUUUCGAUAAACCCGGCCCUAUUGAUAUGUUGUUUGGUGCUGAUUUGUACCCUGAAGUUACGGAGAACGGUAAGGUAAUCGUGAAAAAGGAUUKUCCAGCUGCCUUUAACACGAUAUUUGGAUGGAUAAUUGUCGGUUCCGUUCCAGUUGUUGGUCAGUGCAAACCCCAUUGUGGAUUAGUGUCAUUAUCAGUGUCUUUGAAAGACACCUUACAACGAUUUUGGGAGGUGGAGGAACCMGGACCUGCCCCUAUUGAGUUUUCUGAGCAAGGGCAAUGUGAACUAUUGUUUUGCAGUCAAAUGUCACGGCUUGAUGAUGGCCGUUUUUCUGUKCCGUYGCCUUUUCACGGGCYUGGGCUGUCCAACGCAUUUGAAGGUUCACGGCAGGUGGCCAUGAAAAGGUUCUUAAAUCUAGAACGUAAGCUUCAAACCAAUCAACCACUUUACGAUUCAUAUCGACGUUUCAUGCAAGAGUAUUUAGAGUUAGGUCACAUGUCCCUCGCCUCACGCCCAGGUUUAUAUGACAUUCCUCGUCAUGCUGUCCUGAAAGACCCUACUGAUGUGUCGAAGGUUCGGGUGGUAUUUGACGCCUCUGCAUCCUGCUAUUCCGGGGCAUCUCUAAAUGAUUGCUGA